AUGCCGAGAGUUCGCGUAAAGAAGACUUCCAGAGGGGAAACUGACCUGUCGAGCUACAGUACAGCAUAUGAGGAGGUUAAAGCCGGAGAUUCACUACGAAAAGCGGCGCAAAAGUAUAGUAUUAACCACUGUUCCCUGCUACGAUACAUUCGAAAGCGAGACGCGUCCGGCAAUGAAGAUGAAGGUAUGGGGUAUAAAGCACACAAUCGUGUUUUUAAUGAAGAUCAGGAGCGAGAAUUCUCGAAAUAUUUAAUUCGAUGUGCUGAUAUAUAUUUCGGACUGCCUACGAAAGAGGUGAGAAAAUUAGCUUACGAACUUACUAUGAAGUAUAAUUUAUCACGACCUAGAACUUGGGAAGACAAUAGAAUGGCUGGUGAGGAAUGGUUUCGGAUGUUUAUGAAAAGAAACCCUGAACUGUCUGUCCGUGCCGCACAAGCUACUAGCUUGUCAAGGGCGACGAGCUUCAAUAAAACUAAUGUAGAUGUCUUCUAUGAUAAUUUGUCCAUUGUCAUGGACCGUUAUAACUUCGAACCCCAAGAUAUUUACAACAUAGAUGAAACUGGCAUAACAACUGUGCAAAAGCCCGAUCGAGUUAUAGCUAGACGUGGUUCUCGUCAAGUUGGAUCAUUAACCUCAGCUGAAAGGGGUACUUUAGUGACAGUAACCUUUGCUGUAAACGCCAUUGGAAAUGUUUUCCCACCAUUUUUUGUGUUUCCGCGAGUGCGAUACCAAGACCAUUUUGUUAGGGAUGGGCCAAUAGGGUCUACUGGAACCGCCAAUCCCUCAGGUUGGAUGCAAGAUGAAUCAUUCCUGCGUUUUCUAGAACACUUUCAAAAGCAUUCUAAGGUUUCUCCGUCACACAAAGUGUUACUAACACUAGAUAACCAUUCCUCGCACGUACACAUAAACACACUGGACUAUUGCAAGAAUAAUGGAAUCGUCUUAUUGUCCUUUCCUCCUCAUUGCUCUCACAAGCUCCAGCCGCUGGAUCGAUCCGCAUAUGGCCCUUUAAAAAAGGCUGUAAAUUCCACGUGUGAUGCAUGGAUGAGAAGCCAUCCAGGAAAAACUAUGUCAAUAUACGAUAUACCAGGGAUUGUAGCAUCUGCUAUGCCCCUCGCUAUGACAUCUUCGAACAUUCAAGCUGGCUUCCGCAAAACGGGAAUUUACCCAUAUAACCGGAAUCUCUUUACUGAGAUCGAUUAUGCUCCUGCAUUUGUAACAGAUAGACCUUAUCCGGAAAACACAAAUGAGAGAACAGAGAGACCUAAUCCAGAAAAUACUAUUGAGCCUGCAGUUGUGCCUAUAUUUAAUGAAUAUCCAAGUGAAGAUGAAACACCACCAUUAUCGCCUUCUCUUUUAACCAAAGAAUUACAGUCGUCUCUUCAGACAACAGUUGAACAACAAGCUCUCCAUGAAUCACCAGUUCCAAUAAUCCAGCAAACACCACGUACACGGGGCAGCAUCGCUAUCUAUCAAGAAAUUUCACCAAGACCGUCUACAAGUGCACAAGCUGCUAUUGAUCAUAGCGCCUUUACUCCGGAGGUAGUAAGGCCAUUCCCUAAAGCACCCCCAAGGAAAUGUAAUAAAGGGCGAAAAACUAGAAAGUCAACUAUAUAUACUGAUACACCUGAGAAAGAAGAGAUAAGAAAAGAGCAUGAAGCAAAAUUAAAACGGACCAAAGCUAAGCUAAUUAAGAAAAGUUUAGACGGAAGAAAAGGUAAAACAACAAUGUCAAAAGGUAAAAGAAUAAUUUCAAAAGAAAAAAAAUAUACUCAGAAGGAAUUGUCAUCGGAAGAAUCAGAAGAGGAAGAAUGCUACUGUCUUAUCUGCUUAGCACCAUAUUCAGAGAGCAGAUCCGGAGAAAAGUGGAUUCAGUGUACAUCCUGUAAACAAUGGGCUCACGAAGAAUGCACAGAAGGUGGUCUUAGCUAUGUUUGCCACAAUUGCGACUCUGAAUACUCAGAUUAA